UUAACAAUAUCUUCCAGCUUGCUUUGUGGCAUUUCAACAUGAAGAACGCCACUGAAGUUACCAUGUUUGUUCUAAAGGGCUUCACAGAAAAUCUUCAGUUACAGAUCAUGUCUUUCUUCCUGUUUCUGGCCAUCUACCUCUUUACAUUAAUGGGAAAUUUAGGACUUAUUGUGUUGGUGAUUGGGGAUUCUCGACUCCACAACCCGAUGUACUACUUUUUGAGUGUGCUGUCCUCUGUAGAUGCCUGCUAUUCCUCAGUUAUUACUCCAAAUAUGUUAGUAGAUUUUGUAUCAACGAACAAAACCAUUCCACUGCUUGGAUGUGCAACACAGAUGUUUUUUGCCGUUACCCUGGGAACCACAGAAUGCUUCCUCCUGGCAGCCAUGGCCUAUGACCGUUAUGUAGCCAUCUACAACCCACUGCUGUAUUCAGUAAGCAUGUCACCCAGAGUCUAUGUGCCUCUCAUUGUUGCCUGCUAUGUUGGUGGCAUUUUACACGCCACUGUUCAUACAGUGGCCACAUUUAGUCUCUCCUUCUGUGGAACCAAUGAAAUCAGACAUAUCUUUUGUGAUAUCCCUCCUCUCCUGGCUAUUUCUUGUUCAGAUACCCACAUAAACCAGUUUCUACUCUUCUACCUUGCUGGUGCUAUUGAAAUAUCCACCAUAUUAGUGGUACUGAUCUCCUAUGGUUUCAUUCUGUCAGCCAUUCAGAAGGUGCAUUCUGCUGAAGGGAAGCACAAAGUCUUCUCUACCUGUGGUUCUCAUCUCACUAGAGUUUCCAUUUUCCAUGGAACCGUGCUUUUCAUGUAUGUGAGACCAAAUUCCAGCUACGCUUUGGAGCAUGACAUGAUAGUGUCCAUAUUUUAUACCAUUGUGAUUCCCAUGCUGAAUCCCAUUAUCUGCAGUUUGAGGAACAAAGAUGUGAAAGAGGCAAUGAAAAAAGUGUUUGGGAAAAAUAAGUCCAUCAAUAAAGCUUAA